AUGUCCCUCGUUUGGAAACGAACGGAGGGCGACGCAUUCAAUGGGCGCGAUUAUGCCCGAGAAUCACUUUGCAUCAUCGAUGGGAUUGUACCGUGCAACCGGCCGGACGUUCAGUCAGACAUAAACAGGAAGAAAGCAUUUUCUUCUUUCACUGUAUUGCUGGAAGUCGUGAAUCGAAUUGUAAUGUUUCAGCAACAUGCUAGUCGGAGCCCAAGAACCAAAGGGUUCAGAGUCAAGCACGCAUUUCAGUUAACUUUGCUUUUGGCUGUGGGCAUCUGGUUUCUUUACCAGAUCAAGCAAUCGCCAUAUACAAACAAUGAUGAUGAUGAGAAUAGUGUAUCCAGGCUUAGUAAGGGAAAUGGAAUAACACGUUUGGGUCGUAAAGAGAAAUUGGUUUUCAACAAUGGGGUCGAGACGGACACUGACAAUAGGAAUUUUGAAGAUGCGGGUGAGAGGGAGGAAGAUGGUGGGGGUGGAGAUGAACAUGAAGAGUUGGAGGAAAAUGCCACUAGGCACGAAGAAGGAGAAGGUGAAAAGCAGCAAGAAGGUCGACAUGAGGAUGACGAAGAAGAGAAUGGUGAUGGUCCAAUGAACGGUGGUGAUGAAGGGUUUGAUUUGGAUAAGGAUAUUAGUGAAGAGAAAAAUGAUGAAAAGGAGGAAAAGAGCAAUGAUGAAGACAAUGCCGAUAUUAAAAUGAACAGUGGAGAUGAAGCCGAAGAUUCAGAUAAAUAUAGGGGUGAAGAGAGAGACACUAAUGGAGGUACCGUGGGCAGCAUUGCGGUUGAUCGGAGUGAAAUGAGAAAUGAGACCCAGGAAUUCAUGGACGAGAAUGGAGCUCCAAAAGAAGGUACACUUAAUGAGAUAAAAACCGUUGAUCAGGAGAUGAGUUCAGAUCCAAAAACAAUUUCAGACCCAGAAAGUCCAACGGACCGUGGCGGGACUGUAAUGACUGAAUCGGGUAAGUUUUCAAAUUCAUCUUUGGCCAAUAAACAGAAUGACGCUGGGAAGCAAACCAAUGACAAGACUAUAAAAAAAGAGACAGUUCAAACCCAAGGAGGAGACGACGCCAUUGAGGGUUCAAAGACUGGCACAAGUAGUGAUGGAGAAACCAACUCAACAUCAGAAACAACGGAAGGAGAUCACAGAGAUUCUGCCUCUUCUACUCCUUUGGCUCCUCCACAAGAGAAAGAGGGGGAACUGGAUCUAAAGACACACCAGGAAGAAGAAAAUGAGGACAAGAACCCAAAAGAAAUUUGA